GCCUCAUCAAUCACCUCGAGUCGCGAUUGGCAGUCGUACUCGAAAUAGGAACCCGAUUAAACCGAGAUAACCUUUGUGCUCCUCGCCGAUUAUGCACGACGGCGUAUGCUACCAAGGUCAUUAGCUGCGGCGCGCAACACCAAGUACACAAACAUUGGCCAGCCAACCUCUGCUUCCAUCAUCAAUGCAAAUUGACGUUGGAUGUGUCUCCGUGGGUCAACUAGCUGGCCACCACCGAUGCGAUGGAACGGGCUGCAUCUGGCGGCUCUAGGGCCUUGUUUCCCAAGGGCCCAAGUUUCACCCUAGAAGACUUCUCCAACAAGGAUUUUAUUGUCCGCGAUUUCGUCGAUUCCCUGGCAGAGACAGCUGUGCCAGCCAACCGUCGGUCCGGUCCAGCUCAGCAAGCAUUCGACCCAAAGCCACUAAUACGGACAUUUGAAAUGAUGCUGAUGGUUCUUGGCCGUCUAGAUGCUCUGGCACAAUUAGGGGUUCUGUCGGAGGAACUCCAGGAGAACGAAUCCGAGUUGCUGUCCCAGGUCCGUCGCGCGGAAAUCCAGCAUGAUCAGACCCUCGACACGCUCGGCCGCAAACUUGACCAGUCGAUGGCCCAAUUCGAGGCCCUUGACCUGUCUUUGAAUGAGCAAAGCACCACCAUCGGUGGUUUUGAAAGGGGCAACCGGUCAGAUGAAGGGGGAAACAUCGCUGUGCAGAUCGGAGAGAAGCUCGAGGAGCUGGACAGGAAGAGGAGGAGGGCGCGGGACGCAAACUUCCUCAUCCAGUGCUGGGUUGAGGUCAGCGACACGGGCAAACUCACGUCCCUCGAGGAUAUUCAGCGCCAAGGCGGGGCCGAGAAUAAAGUUCGCUGUGCUGUCAUUGCCCGCCAGUUGACACGCAUCAGCCAAAGACUAGACCCCACGUCAUGGGGGCAGACAAAUGGCUUCCGAGGUAAUGGGAUCACUAACGGCGUGACUGGUACAUCGAGGAAGCAUAACACUCGCGAGGUGUUGGAGAAGUUCUGCGAAACCCUCGAGCAGGACCUCCUGAAACAAUUCAACAACAGCUAUAGGCGUCAGAACUUUGACGACAUGAUGGAGUGCGCCAAGGUACUGCACGAUUUCAAUGGGGGGGCUAGUGUCAUCGCUGUUUUUGUCAACCAGCACCAGUUCUUCAUCGACAGGGAUCAGCUCAUCACGGACGAAGUGACGACCGACGGUGAGAUGUGGGAUCAACUGACUGACCCGGAUGCGGAGCCACCGGGAGUUGAGCCCAGUCUGCAGUCCCUCAUUGACGAAGUCAAGAUUGUCAUGCAGGAGGAGUCCUUCAUCAUCAAGCGAGCCUUCCCUUUUGCUGAAACCGUCUUGGGCAAGUUUAUCCAGCGAGUAUUCCAGCAAUCAAUUCAACAGCGGCUCGAGAUGGUUCUGGAGAAGGCCACCACGGUGUCUUCGCUGGCCUUCCUUCGAUCUCUGCACGCAUCUCGCAGUUAUAUAAGUGCCUUGGUCGAGGAUCUAAAGGCACACGGUCUCACAGAACACCCCGAGCCCGUCUCGGCCCAGAUCUCCCAGACCCUGGACCAGCAGCUGGAAGAGUUAUUUGUUCCGUAUCUUGUCGGAACGUCGUAUAUCGAUAGGGAGAGGAGAAGCUUGGAGGAAUUGUACAGCUCGCUCCUCUUCAAAUUCACCAUCUACCACUCGCGGAGGAAAAGGGCGCCGACGGGAUUUAUGGCGGCAAUCGCACAGCAAGGGAAUCAGAUGCUGGCCUCGGCGAAGGACGCUUAUAUGGAGCGACUAGACUCGUCGGACCUGACGGCCACCCAGAAAGCCAUGAUGCUGCGCGUUGCCGGCUUGAAGGACAACAGCAACAACAAGAACGAUAUCGAGGUGUCGGACGAGGACGGCGUCCUCAGCACCGCAAAUGCGAAGAGGAUGAUGACUUGGUUGGCCGAAAGCGUCCGGAGAGCACUGGAACUGGGCAGUGCCAGCGAGACGCCCAAGGAUGUCAGCGUCCUUCUCAACUUCCUCCUCACGACCAUGGGCCAGGUCUAUGUCGAGACCGCCCUCGACGCCGCGCUGGAUGCGGCCACGGCGCAGGAGAACAUCAAAACCGAGCCCGACCUGUCAUACCUGCCCUCGAUACGCCCGGCCGUCACCAUCACCAAUAUCAUGUCUCGCUUCAUCACGACGGUGCUCAUCCGUCUGGCCGAGGGGAACGCGACGGUGCGCAGGAACAUGGAGGCCCAGACCAAGAUGGCCCUCGGGGCGACGGAGAAGAAGACAAACAGCGUCAUGCGGAGCACCAUGGACGUGGCCCUCAACUACGUCAACAGGUCCCUCUCCCAGCAGAAGAAGGCCGACUUCCGGCCCAAGGACACGGACCUCGAGAGCGUCGUCGACUCCCUGCAGACGCCCACCUGCCUGGCCAUCUGCACCUUCCUGGACAAGGUCGCCGCCGCGUCGGGCCAGGCGGUAGACGGCCGCAACCUCGAGAUGUUCAGCGGCGAGCUCGCCCUCGCCGUGCACGCGCUGCUCUUUGAGCACUUCAAGAAGUUCCAGGUCAACGCCACGGGCGGACUCAUGAUGACCAAGGACAUCGCAAAGUACGUCUCCACCAUGAAGGGGUGGCCGCUCGCCCGCGAGGUCGAGGGCAUAGUCGAGGUCCUGACCGAGAUCGGCUACCUCUUCAUCAUCGGGCCCGAGGCCCUCAGGGAGAGGUCCCGGAACCUGGGCUCGGGGCCGCCCGGCCCCGGGAAGAAGCUGCAGAAGGCCGACUUCAAGGCGUUUGUGCAGCGGAGGGAGGACUCGAGCACCGUCGGCAUCCAGAGCGUGCUUGCGGGGUUGUAA